UACACCCCCUUGUUUAAAGGUACCGGAAGUUUUCCAGCGUUUUCACCACUCCAUCUGUGCUAAGGGAGAAGAACCUCUCUCUCCUGUACUAAGAGAGAAGGGUUUGUAACUUUCGGCAGAGGGGGAAGAGAGGGAGAGAAUGGCGGUUCCAAUAAGGAUGAAUGGAAUGCAAGAAGAGGAAGAGGAAGAAGAGGAGGAUGAGGUGGCUCUCUCCAACGAGCAUCAUCAUCUCACUGACGAUCGUAGGGCACUCUGCAAGGCUGCAGAGCUCGGCGAUGUCGACCAGCUUCGCCAUGCUCUUGAUAAUCUCAAUGGCAGCAUUGAUGAUCCUGUGGAGGAUGGGGAUACUGCCCUUCAUUUGACAUGCCUUUAUGGUUUCCUCCCUUGUGUCCAGCUGUUGUUAGAGAGAGGAGCAAACUUGGAGGCCAAGGAUGAAGAGGGGGCGAUUCCGCUUCAUGAUGCUUGUGCAGGAGGAUUCACUGAAAUUGUUCAACUUUUGAUAAAUACUGCUCGAGACUCGGAGGUUGUCAAGAGGAUACUAAACACUACUGAUGAAGAUGGUGACACUCCUCUUCACCAUGCGGCUCGUGGAGAGCACUUGGAAGUGGUGCAGCUCUUAGUUAGGGAAGGGGCUUCUCUCACUGCUGCAAAUGUUUAUGGAAAGGUUCCUGCAGAGCUUUCGGAGCCAGAGACUGAAGUCAGAUGCUUCCUGGCUGCUGCUGCUGCUGCUUGUGCUUUAAAUUCUCACUAGGCUUUCUUGGGUUCUUGGUUUUUCACUGGGCGAUCCAUCAAAUAGUUAUUAGUAUUUAUCAGGUCUCGUGUAUUUGCAUGUCCCCACAUAGUUUUUGACAGCCAUUUAGGUGGUUUGGUGCAUUGGCCAUUUCUUAAGAGCGAAUUAUACAGGUUCCAAAGAUGGUUUGGCUUGUCGGCCAUCUCAAUUACUGGAAUUGUUUUCCAUGAUUUCCCCCAGCUACUUGAGGAAAGGGAAAGUCUGAUUUCAUAAAGUGAAUGAUACGUCCAGGGGUAAAGAGGUCCCAUUUUUAUUCUGAUUUUGGAUGGAGGUUCGCAUAUAGUAAUCGUGGACCGAUGUGGUUUGGUUGUAUCAUGGGAGUGCAGGGGUUUCUUCUAUGUUUUGAGACUUUAAUUUAUAUUUUGGACAGGCCUUUCGAUGUACUCCCGCUGCACUACUGAUUUUACUUCAGAUUAUGG